AUGAUCGCCGACAGCUAUGAUUACAUCAUCAUUGGCGGCGGCACCGCUGGCUCAGUCGUUGCGGCGCGGCUCAAAGAAGGCGCUCCAUCCCUCUCGAUUCUGCUUAUUGAGGCCGGCUCCGACGUCAGUAGUCGUGCUGACGUGCUGGACGGCACGCAAUGGGCUCGUCUACUGAGGGGUGAACUCGACUGGGGCGAUCUGACAGUGCCGCAAGCCCAUUUGGAUGGCCGUGUUCUUCCAAACUUUUCUGGGAAGGCUCUCGGGGGGAGCUCAGCUAUCAAUGCAGGUGGCUGGACGCGUGGAGAAAAGGAAAACUACGAUGUGUGGGCACAACUAGUCAAUGAUCCCAGAUGGAGCUACGACGGCUUGCUGCCCUAUUUCCGGAAGACCGAGACAUAUUGGGACCCCAAUGGCGAUCCUACAGUUCAUGGAUUUGAUGGGCCCAUUAGAAUGGAGGCGGCUGGCGACCGGCAGUAUCCAUUACGCGAGAAGGUCAAGGACGCCUGGGCCGCGGUAGGGGUAUCGUACAAGCGAGAUAUGAAUGAUGGCAAUCCCAUAGGCCUGGGCGAGUUGAUUGAGAACCGAGUAAAUGGCGUGCGCCACAUUGCAUCUUCGGCCUAUGAACUGAAGAAUGUUGAGGUUUUGACAGAGACCUUGGUGAAACGGGUGCUUAUCACGGACAAAGCUGGUCUCAAGGUGGCCACUGCGGUAGAGCUGGCAGAUGCCAGCCAUAGAAUCAUCAUGGCACGCCGCGAGAUUAUUGUCUCGGCUGGAACCUAUCGUUCUCCUCAGAUUCUGAUGCUCUCUGGACUAGGCCCUCGAAAAGAGUUGCAAAAACAUGCAAUCGAAACUAUACUUGAUCUGCCUGAUGUUGGAAACAAUCUCCAGGACCAUUGCUGCGUCAAUCAAUGGUGGAAGCUCAGAGAACCUGAAAAGGGGCUUUCCGUCGGAUCCUCUGCUUUCAAUAACCCGGUUUAUUUCAAGGGACUCCCUUUGGACUUCAUAGCCACUCAAUCUGUACCAAAGGAGGGCCUACUGAAAGCACUAUCUACCGACAAAGAGGCUAGUUCGGAACUUCAUGCGGUAGCAUUACAGCACGGUCACAUCGAAAUCUUUAUCACGUAUCUGGCGCUGAAUCAGGGAGACCCAUUGAUUAUCCCAGAUGGCACUCAUGUUACAACGUCCACCUUGUGCAUGUUACCUACCUCUAGGGGUUCUAUUCGCCUGAAAGACGCGAAUCCAGAGAGCUUGCCCUUGAUAGACCCCAACUACUUGGCGACAGAAGCGGAUCAGUAUGUACUCAGAGAGGGUCUUCGGAAGACCCAUGCCGUGCUCUGUGAGACGGAGGCUGGUCGAGAGCUUAUUGUGUCUGAAACCGUUGAGGAGGGUGGCCGAGCAGUUUCUUCAGACUCCACGGAUGAAGAGCUCAAUGAUUUAAUCCGGCGGCGUUUAGGAACGAUGGCCCAUCCAGCAGGCAGUUUAUCCAUGGGUAAAGUCGUGGAUAGUGAACUACGUGUUAAAGGUGUAGAUAGGCUGCGUGUUGUUGAUGCCAGUGUUAUACCGGUACCCAUCGCUAGCCACAUUCAGAACUCCGUCUAUGCACUAGCAGAACAAGCCGCAGAUAUGAUUCUAGCGUCUUCAUAA